AUGGAUUCUGAAAUUAACUCUUUUUCUUUAAGAAAUAUAGAAGAUCAUCCAUUGAAACUUUUUUCUAUGGCAAAAUAUGAAAGAAGACCUCUUUAUAUAAGUGGACCCAUGGUUAGAUAUUCAAAGUUGCCUUUUCGUUCUCUUGUUCGUAAUUAUAGUGUUGACUUGGCAUAUACUCCAAUGAUGGUUGCAAAAGAGUUUGUUUUCCAUUCUAAUGCACGUUAUUGUGAUUUUUCUACGAAUUUAAAUGAUAGGCCUCUUGUAUCUCAGUUUGCUUCUAAUGAUCCUGUUGUUCUUGGAAGAGCUGUGGAAAUGAUUUCGAAUUAUGUCGAUGGCAUUUCUUUAAAUUGUGGCUGUCCUCAGUCAUGGGCUUGUCAAGGAGGUCUAGGUGCUCAUUUGAUGCAUGAUCCGCAAAACGUAUGUGAGAUGAUAAAGGCAGUAAAAGAACGUUGUGGCAAACGAAUGUGUACUGAAGUUAAAAUAAGGAUUCAUAGUGAUUUACGUAAAACGGUAGAUUGGGCUCAAAAAGUACAAGCAGCUGGUGUAGAUUAUAUGGUAGUUCAUGGACGACGACGAAAUCAAAAAUCUUCAGAACCUGUGAAUCUGGAUGCAAUUAAAUUAAUUAAAGAAUCUCUUACUAUUCCUGUUGUAGCAAAUGGUGAUGUCUUUACUCUUUCUGAUGCUAAUUGUAUAGCUAAAUAUACUAAUGUUAAUGGGAUAAUGUCCUCAAGGGGAAUAUUAUUUAAUCCUGCUUUAUUUUCUGGAUUCGACUCAUGUCCAUGGUCAGCAAUUGAGAGAUUUAUUGAAUAUUCAUUAUCGUAUGGUUUAAAUUUUCAUUUGUUUCAACAACAUAUAUUAAAAAUGAUGGGAAAAAUACUAAAUAAAAAAGACUCUGUUGAUUUGUCAAAACAAAUAGGUAUUGUUGGAAUACUUGAUUGGAUUGAUGAAAGAUUUGUUCUUAGAAGACCUGGUGAACCUGGAUUUGGGAAUGUCCAUAUUUAUGAGAAAAAAUAUAUAAUUUAG